AUGGAAAUCGAGUCUACCGUUUUGUUGAAAGAAAUCAAGAAAAACAACCUUAAGCAAACUCUUGAGGAUAAUAAGGCUCGUCUAAACAAGAACGAUUUGAAUCGUAAACUUGCCGAGACAAACGUCGUGCUUCGCUCGAAGGCGGGGAAGAGCGCACGCGCUCUUCGCAUGGCUAAGGACGAAAGGGAAAGUUUGCAAACAAAGAUCAAGAAUGCGGAGGAGGAAUUACAAAAGUGCCGAGAAACAGAGGAGGAAGUACAACUUGAGCGUGAAUGUGAGCAUUCACUUGCUAAAGCAGAAGAUCUCCGAACUUCAAAUGACUUCUACAAGCGCCAGGAUUCAAACCAGACGCAGACUAUUUUCAAUCUAAAAAGAUUGGUAGCAAACCUGCAGAAGACGGAGCGGAAUGAAGGAUACAUCAAAACUAUCACCACCCAUAAGGCUGAGAUUGCGCGGCUUGUUGCGAACGAGGUCCGACUUAAAGACGAGGUUCAAAAGCAUCAAAGGAUCGCUAUCAAGGCUUUAGAGAGGAUGAAGGAACAGAUCAAGAUUGCAAAUGAGGCAAAGAAGGAGGUGGCUACUUAUAAAGGACAUGCUCUGGCUGCAAAACACUCGCUGCUGGUCAGUCUAUCGCAUACCAAGUUCGAACUUGCCAUGGAAAUUGUUAAUAAUGUCUUCAAAGGGUUGAAAGAUAUAGAUUCCGAGGAAAAGGCAAAACAGGCGAUUCACAGCAUCAAUGGCUAUCUUGAACAACAAUCCAAAACAGUCGAAGACUACACCACUAAUGUAAUGUCAAAUAGUGCUGAGGUACGAGGAGUGAUACAAGACCUUCAAGGCUAUACCCUAAAGGAAGCAAGGCCAAAUGAGUUUGGGAGCUUCAUAGAUUAUGUACGAGGGUUGCAGCAUACGCUCGAGACAGAGGCUAAGAAGUGGAAGAAUAAGCUUAACGUCUAG